UCUUGCAAUCCUCCUUGUGGAAUCGUGGAAACAUGCUGCGGAAACACUUGCUGUGGAGCCGCGGAAAGUUGCUGCGGAAACACUUGCUGUGGAGCCGCGGGACAAUGCUGCCAAGGUCAAAAUCGUUGUUGUGAAAACGCAUCAAGAUGCUGCGGAAGCACUUGUUGUGGCCCCGCAGAAACGUGCUGCGGAAACACUUGCUGUGGAGCCGCGGGACAAUGCUGCCAAGGUCAAAAUCGUUGUUGUGAAAACGCAUCAAGAUGCUGCGGAAGCACUUGUUGUGGCCCCGCAGAAACGUGCUGCGGAAAUAGUUUGUGUUGUAGUCCAAGACAAAUAUGUUGUGGGGAUGGCUCCUCUUGAUAUGUUAGCUUUUGCAAAUCAGACUGAAGAUACUAAAAAUACUACCAUAGGUACCUUGUCAAAAAGAAGACGAAUUAAUAAUUUAGAAGACCCUGAUGAAUCUACCAGUAAUUCAUAUAAAUAUGAUUUUAGUCCAGAUAGUUCUGGUUAUUUAGAUGAAAAUAUUGAUUUUUCAAAUAAAUAUAUCACUGGUCCUUCAUAUGAAAGUGCUUUUUUUUCUUUAUAUGAAAGUGUUUUUAAUCUUUCUAUAAACCAAAGUCAAAAUGAAAUAUCUACUGAACAUAAAGAUUAA